UGAAUCCCAAAGAGCAGAUGUAUGCCGGUCAAGGCUUCGUGCAACAGCUCCUGCUUUAUCUUGCUCUGGAACAUAAGAAGAAGGCUGAAAGUGGAUAUAGAGCUAUCGGUGGAUCAAAUGGUGAACCACGAGAGGACGAAGACAGGCUCUUGCAAGGAGAAGAGGAAGGUGAGG